AGAAAGGUAACUUGUUGAAAGGCAAGUAAGCUCCUGGAGAACAGACCCCUUCGGCAGGAUGAAGCUCUUGACACCACUCACCAUCCUCGAAUCUAUACCCUCACCAAUUGAACCAAAAAUCCAAACUUCAAAGUAUAUCUGCAGCUUCUCUUUGCUUCCAUUCGUUUAGUUUAAAUCAGAUUUGGAUACACUUCCCUUGAUGUUACUCACUCGUCGUUCUUGUGUUCUAGUCCUUGAUUCGCUUAUAUAUCAAUCGUACACUUCGUAUGCAGAAGGUUUUUGCCCUUUUAAUGGAUAUGGAUUAUCUAGAUCAUUCAUAGGGUACUUCAUCAAAUAAUGAUAACACCGGCCAUUAAAUCAUUCAACUUGUCCCCCGACUGGUUCGCUUUUUGUUUGCAAAAAUUCCUGAAAGAAAAGGCUUUGCGACCGGGCAAGCGAGUUCACGCACUGCUGUUGACUACUGGGAUCGAUACGAACCUGUUGUCUUUGAAUUCAAAGCUUGUUGGGAUGUAUGCAAGUUGUGGGGACAUGAGGUCGGCGAGGCUCGUGUUCGAUAAAAUUCAGAACCCAAAUGUUUUCGCGUUUAAUUGGAUGGUAUUGACUUCUGCAUUUAGUGGGUACUAUGAGGAGGCAGUUGGGUAUUUUUGGUUGAUGCAAGAACUAGGAAAUGCUGGCAAUAAGUUCACGUUUUCGAUUGUGUUGAAAGCGUGUGUUGGUUUGAUGGAUGUUGAGAAAGGCAAAGAAGUUCAUGCUGUGGCGAAGAAAAUGGGUUUUGAAAACGAUGUAUCAGUGGCAAAUGCUUUGGUUGAUAUGUAUUCUAAAUGUGAGAAAGUAUGUUAUGCUCGUCGACUAUUUGAUAGAAUGGUCAAUAGAGAUGUUGCUUCUUGGACAUCGAUGAUAUGUGGGUACUGUGGCAUAGGGAAGAUUGACCAAGCGCUCGAGUUGUUUGAGCGGAUGAAGUUGGAGGGAUUGGAACCGAAUGAUUUCACUUGGAAUGCAAUGAUAGCUGGUUAUGCUCGGUCCGGAGAUACCAAAGGAGCGUUCGCACUUUUUUCUAGGAUGACUAGAGAAGGGUCAGUUCCUGAUUUGGUUACUUGGAAUGCAUUGAUUUCUGGUUUUGUUCAGAGCCAGCAAGGUGGUGAAGCAUUCAAAUUGUUCAGGUACAUGGUUGUUUUGGGGAUUAAACCCAAUCAUGUGACUGUCACAGGACUUCUCCCUGCAUGUGGAUUUACAGGUUCAACUCAAAGGGGGAGAGAAAUUCAUGGGUUGAUCUACAGGAUGGGGCUUGAUAUUAAUAUCUUUGUUGCUACUUCUCUUGUUGACAUGUACUCCAAAUGUGGUCUUGUGAAGAAUGCUCAAAAUGUCUUUCACAGGAUUCCUGACAAGAAUAUCUUGUCAUGGAAUGCCAUGAUUGGGUGCUAUGGGAAACAUGGAAUGGUUGAUUUGUCAAUACAUUUAAUUGAGAGGAUGCAAGAAGAAGGAAUGCGGCCAAAUGAAGUGACUUUUGUUUGCAUUCUUUCUGCAUGCAGCCACAGUGGAUUAGUCGAUGAAGGCUUGAAGAUAUUUAGGUCUAUGAAAGAGAGUUUCGGGGUCAAGAUUGGCAAAGAACAUUAUGCUUGUGUUGUUGAUCUUCUGUGCCGUUCAGGAAGGAUGGAAGAAGCAUAUGAGUUGGUUAAGGAGAUGCCUAUACUAGUCCCUGAGUCGAUUAUUGGAGCUUUCUUCAAUGGUUGUAAAAUCCACGGAAGAAGAGAUCUAGCUAAAAUGAUGGCUGAGGAUAUUCUGAGGAUGGACUUGAAGAAACCUGGAGGUUAUGUGACAUUGUCAAAUAUUUACGCUGCUGAUGGAGAUUGGGAGGAGGUGGAGCAUGUAAGGAAGAUGAUGAAGAAAAAGAACAUUCUUAAGAAGCCUGGAUUUAGUUGGGUAGAAAGGAUGAAUGAUUUUGUUGAGAGGAAAAAGAAAGUGACAAAGUGAAAAUGGAAGCGGGUGUGUGUUCUAGCGAAGUCUGUUCUUAGUUAUUUCAGUUUAGAUUUUGUAUAGGACAUGCUUCAGAAUUAUUUAAUUUAUAAAAGUGUACGAAAUUUGGAAUGGGUGAAAUAUUGAAACGUCAAAAUCUUCUAA